GCCGCGGCUCCGCGCGCUCCGAGUCGCCCGGCUACGGCCCGCUUUCCUGCUUGCCCUCGCCUUCCCCGCGGCUUGCGGUUCCAUCGGAGGACGCAGAGGCGGCACGGACGGACCGGCCCCGGGGCGCGGCGCGCACUUGCGGGACAGACGGCGCAGGUGGCGGCGCGCGCCCUCCGCCUCUGGGCCGGGGCCAGCCCUGCGCUCCGCGCGCCCGGAGGGGCGGGACAGGCGGGGCGGCCGCGUCCCAGCCCCAUUUAACUUUGGCGGCGGCGCAGGCUGGAGGCCGGCGUCGGGGACCGUCGGGAUCCCGCGCUCCGCACGAGGUGUCGCCGAGUUGGCGCGGCUGGUCUCCGUCUCCGCAGAGCGCAUCCCUGCGGCACCCACAGACGCUGCUGCGGCGCCGCCGGGUUGGGAGCAGGGACACCCGCGGAGAUCCGGGGACAGGUCUCUCCCAGGAUGGCUGUGAGGGAGGCUCCUAGGAUAUUGGACCCUAUGGCUUCCUGGACAGGACCCUGGUGGCUGCUGACAUGGAUGGUCUUUAUGUUCCCUGGUCGUCUGCAGGCCACAGCAGAGAAGUCUCCUGGAGCCUACUUCCUUCCUGAGUUUGCACUCUCCCCUCAGGGAAGCUUCCUGGAAGACACCACCGGGGAACAGUUCCUCACCUAUCGCUAUGACGACCAGACCUCGAGAAACACUCCUUCAGAGGAAGACAAAGACGGCAACUGGGAUGCUUGGGGAGACUGGAGCGACUGUUCCCGGACCUGUGGGGGAGGAGCUUCCUAUUCUCUGCGGAGGUGUCUGACGGGAAGAAACUGCGAAGGACAGAACAUCAGAUACAAGACAUGCAGCAAUCACGACUGCCCGGCAGAUUCGGAAGACUUCAGAGCCCAGCAGUGCUCAGCCUACAACGAUGUGCAGUACCAGGGCCAUUAUUAUGAAUGGGUUCCACUCUACAAUGACCCCGCUGCCCCAUGUGCACUCAAGUGUCAUGCUCGGGGACAGAGUUUGGUAGUGGAGCUGGCACCAAAAGUGUUGGAUGGAACUCGUUGCAACGCUGACUCACUGGAUAUGUGCAUAAGUGGCAUCUGCCAGGUCGUGGGCUGUGACAGGCAGCUGGGAAGUACGGCCAAGGAAGACAACUGCGGAGUCUGUGCAGGGGACGGCUCCACCUGCAGGCUGGUGCGGGGCCAGGCCAAGGUGCACCUGGCUCCGGAGAAAAGAGAAGAAAAUGUGAUUGCUGUUCCUUUGGGCAGUCGAAGCGUGAGAAUUACCGUGAAAGGACCUGCCCGUCUCUGUAAGUGUACCAGGUACACCGUGGCCAAAGGCAGCGUGGUCCAGUUCUUCUUUUACCAGCCCAUCAGCCAUCAGUGGAGGCAGACUGACUUCUUCCCCUGCACCGUGACAUGUGGAGGAGGUUAUCAGCUCAACUCUGCGGAGUGCAUGGACAUCCGUUUGAAAAGGGUGGUGCCUGACCACUACUGCCACUACUACCCAGAAAACGUGAAGCCCAAACCAAAGCUGAAGGAAUGCAGCAUGGACCCUUGCCCAUCGAGUGAUGGAUUUAAAGAGAUCAUGCCCUAUGACCAUUUUCAACCUCUCCCUCGCUGGGAACAUAAUCCUUGGACUGCAUGUUCGGUGUCCUGUGGAGGAGGGAUUCAGAGACGGAGUUUCGUGUGUGUAGAGGAAUCUAUGCAUGCAGAGAUACUACAAGUAGAAGAAUGGAAGUGCAUGUAUGCACCCAAGCCCAAGGUGAUGCAAACUUGCAACCUGUUUGAUUGCCCGAAGUGGGUUGCCAUGGAGUGGUCUCAGUGCACAGUGACCUGUGGCCGAGGGUUGCGCUACCGAGUGGUUCUGUGUAUCAACCAUCGUGGGCAGCAUGUCGGGGGCUGCAACCCACAGAUGAAACUGCACAUCAAAGAGGAGUGUGUCAUCCCCAUCCCAUGCUAUAAGCCUAAAGAAAAAAGUCCAGUGGAAGCUAAAUUACCUUGGCUGAAACAAGCACAAGAACUAGAAGAGACCAGAACAGCCACAGAAGAACCAAAGUUCAUCCCAGAACCCUGGUCGGCCUGCAGCACCACCUGUGGACCGGGCAUUCAGGUGCGUGAGGUGAGGUGUCGGGUGCUCCUCACAUUCACACAGACUGAGACUGAGCUCCCUGAGGAAGAGUGUGAAGGCCCCAAGCCGCCCACUGAGCGACCCUGCCUCCUUGAAGCCUGUGACCAGAGUCCUAUGUCUCCAGAGCUGGGUGGCCCUCGCCAGGAGAAGGACAGUGAGAUGACUUACGACUGGGAGUAUGCUGGUUUUACGCCCUGCACUGCAACGUGUUUAGGAGGCCAUCAAGAAGCCAUCGCUGUGUGCUUACACACCCAGACCCAGCAGACCGUCAAUGACAGCCUGUGUGACAUGGUGCACCGUCCUCCAGCCAUGAGUCAGGCCUGUAACACGGAGCCCUGCCCGCCCAGAUGGCACACGGGCUCUUGGGGACCCUGCUCAGCUACCUGCGGCGUUGGAAUCCAGACCCGAGAUGUGUACUGCCUACAUCCUGAGGAAUCCCCAGCCCCUCUGGAGGAGUGCAGAGAUGAAAAGCCUCACGCCUUACGAGCAUGCAAUCAGUUUGAUUGCCCUCCUAGCUGGCAUAUUGAAGAGUGGCAGCAGUGUUCCAGGACAUGUGGUGGGGGAACCCAGACCCGGAGAGUCACCUGUCGACAGCUGUUAACAGAUGGAAGCUUUCUGAAUUUGUCGGAUGAAUUGUGCCAAGGACCCAAGGCAUCUUCUCAUAAGUCCUGUGCCAGGACAGACUGCCCUCCACAGCUGACUGCUGGAGACUGGUCAAAGUGCUCUGUCACCUGUGGUGUUGGAUUCCAGAGGAGAAAGCAGGUGUGUCAAAGGCUGACUGCCAAAGGCCGGCGAGUCCCCCUCGGUGAGAUGCUGUGCAGGGGCCUUCCGGGACUCCCCCUCGUGAGACCUUGCCAGAUGCCUGUGUGCAGCAAAGUGAAACUCGGGACGAAGACACGGCUUGGAGAGCGGGGCCCCCAGAUUCUCGGAGUCCGGAGAGUCUAUAUUCAGACAAGGGAGGAGAAACGGAUCAACCUGACCGUGGGCAGUAGAGCCUACUUGCUGCUCAAUACAUCUGUGAUCAUCAAAUGUCCAGUAAGACGCUUCCAGAAAUCGCUGAUCCAGUGGGAGAAGGAUGGCCACUGUCUGCAGAACUCCAAACAGCUUGGCAUCACCAAGUCGGGCUCCCUGAAAAUCCACAGCCUUGCAGCCCCGGACAUCGGUGUGUACAGGUGCAUCGCAGGCACUGCCCAGGAGACGGUUGUUCUCAAGCUCAUUGGGACCGACAACAGGCUCAUUGCACACCCAUCCCCCAGAGAGCACGUGCGGGGCCACUCGGGGGUGGACCACAAUGAAGCCAACAGUUUGGGAGCCACGUGGCACAAAAUGCGUCAGAUGUGGAAUAACAAAAACGAGCUUUACCUGCGCGACGGGGCAAUCAGCAACCAACCCCUCUUGAGAGCUCUGUUGGGGCCGUGCAGGACGUCUGCGGGAAACACUAACUCCUGGGAGUUCAAGAGCAAGCAGUUCGAGGCAGCCAUGAAACAGGGGGCCUACAGCAUGGACACGGCCCAGUUUGAUGAGCUGAUACGAAACAUGAGCCAGCUUAUGGAGACAGGAGAAGCCAGCGAUGACCUGGCGUCCCAGAUGAUAUAUCAGCUGGUAGCCGAGCUGGCCAAGGCUCAGCCGAUGCCUGUCCCGUGGAGGGCCAUCCACGAGGAGGUUGCUCCUGAGGCUCAGCUCGGAGGGGAGACAGGAAGAGUUCCCCAAAGCCCCACCGUAAAAAACCCAGGCAAGCUGACUUUGAAGCCAAAAGGACAGGUUCUCAUGAGGCACACCCUACCCCCUGCAGUUUCAUUUAACAAAACAAUAAACGCAAGGAUUGGGAAUACAGUGUACAUUACAAAAAGCACGGAGCUCAUCAAUAUACUUUGCGGUCUUGUUACUCCCAGCAGCGAGGCCACGUAUACAUGGACCAGGGAUGGAGCCUUGCUGCAGCCCUCUGGGAAGAUCAUUUUGGAGGAACCUGGGAAGAUACAGAUAAAAUAUCCUACAAAGAAAGAGCAAGGGAUAUAUGAAUGUUCCAUAGCUGAUCGUCUCGGUUCAGAUGUGGAAAGUUCAUUGGUGUUAUAUGCAGAGGCACCUGUCAUCUUGUCUAUUGAAAGAAAUGUCACCAAACCAGAACACUGCCAUCUGUCUGUUGUGGUGGGAGGCACUGUGGAGGCAGCCCUUCAGGCAAAUGUGACAAUCCACUGUCCUGUAAAAGGUGUCCCUCAGCCUAAUGUAACUUGGUUGAAGAGAGGAGGAUCUCUGAGUGACAAUGUUUCCUUGCUUUUCAAUGGAUCCCUGUUGUUGCAGAAUGCUUCCCUCGACAAUGAAGGAACCUACAUUUGCACAGCCACCAAUGCUCUUGGGAAAGCAGUGUCAACCUCUGUGCUCCGCUUGCUGGAACGAAGAGGCCUGGGCAGUAAGACUGUAUUUCCUAAGGCUCAGAAAAAGCAUGUUCUCCAGGCAUCCAGCAUCAGAGCAAACAGCAACAACUCAACAGGAGAGCCCCUGCCUCAAGAGCCUUUUUGGGAACCUGGUAACUGGACACCUUGUUCUGCCACCUGCGGCCCCUUGGGCGUCCGCCUUCAGAGGCCCCAGUGUGUGAUGGCCAGUGGGCAGAAAGUGAGUGAAGCCCUCUGUGGUCCUCACAGGAAGCCGCUGGCUGGGUUUCAGUCUUGUAACAUCCGGGACUGCCCAGCAAGGUGGUUUACGAGUGUGUGGUCCGAGUGCUCUGUGUCUUGUGGUGAAGGACUUCAUAGUCGGCAAGUGACAUGCAAACAGACAAAAGCCAAUGGAACUGUCCAGGUGGUGUCCCCAAGGGCAUGUGCUCCUAAAGACAGGCCUCUGGGGAGAAAAUCGUGUUCAGUCCGUCCCUGUGUUCAACAGGCCAUUGACCCAGGAAACCAGUGUCCUGGACGCUGCAUGGGCCAUGCCAAGAGGAUGCAGCAGCGCCACACACCUUGUGCCCACAAUGGCUCCCACUCUGACUGUGAGGACAGAAGAAGACCUGCCUUUAGGAGGAACUGCACCUCGGGGGCCUGUGAGGCGUGUUGGCGUGUGGGUCCCUGGAAGCCCUGUACAGCAGUCUGCGGCAGGGGCUUCCAGUCUCGCAAGGUCGACUGCAUCCACACGGGGAGCUGCAAACCCGUGCCUGACAGACACUGUGUGCAGAUGAAACCAGCGUCCUGGAGGCACUGUCUUGGGCCUUCCUGUGAUAGAAACUGCACUGAUACAACGCACUACUGUACGUUCGUAAAGCACCUUAACUUGUGCUCUCUGGCCCUCUACAAACAAAGGUGCUGCCAGUCGUGCCUAGAAGGAUGAAGCGUUGGCAGGGUUGUGAUGCUGCUGUGGUGAGAAAAGAAAAAGAGAGGCUUUUUCCCCCAUGUCUCUGGUUCGAAACCACACACGUCUCCAAGUUUCUAGAUUCUAUGGUCAAGCAGAGGUUGGUGCAGGAACAGAGCCUGCUACAAGUUUGUAAAGGUAGCUUUGCCAGUGGUUGCUUUUUAAUUCCAGUUCCUACAAACAGUGGAUUCUAGGAUUAGCAAAACUGCAUCAGCAGCCAUGCCCUUGCUUGUGUGACUUCAUCAUGAGCACAUCAUCACCUGCUGCGAUUUGUAGACCAGUCAAAAGUGGUCCAUACUGAAGACUCUGCAGCUGAGGGUUUCUCUCAAGUUGCAGAGUUUCAACGUAUUUUUUUUUUUUUUUGGUAUUGACCAUUUAAAGGCUCUGGCCAGUAGCUGUUCAGAUGAUGCCACUAAUGGCAUUUUUAUAGAUCCUUAAGUUUAUUAUGUGAAGAAGAGGGCAUCUCCCUUAACAGCUUAUGACACCGGCUGGGCCAAGGAUCGCUGCGAACGGCAUCUCGUCUUCCCUCUUAGAGCAUCCAUGGAAGAAAACACAGUAGGCAUGGCUGCCAUUUUCAUAACUAUAGAAAUCGAUCUGUGACCAAAUGAGGCAUCUUGGAAAUCACAGGAGAGGAAAAGCUAACCUUUCUACUGAUUUUGAAGUAUAUUCAAAGCUUUCUUUUCAGAGCUGUGAAUGGAACUUUUUCUAAGCACUAUUCUCUUGCACAUAGAGAUCAAAGCCUUAUUAGAUGUAAUUUAUACAUACAAUAAUAUUCCUGAUGAUUUCUAUUUUGGAAAGUUUAUUAGAAAGUAAUCUAAAUAAGAAAUACAAUAGUUAAAGGAAUUGUUUAUAGUAAAUGAUUGUUUUAAUUUGAGGUGAUUUUGUCGGGAAAUCCAAAGUCAAUUAAGAUUAGGCUCGAAAAAAAACAAUUUGGGGGUUAGGAGCUAGAGCUGGGAUUUGAGUUGUGCUUUGGGAAAAAGGGUUGAAUUAAUCUUGGACUAGCACUAGGAUUCAGUUAGGUGAGAGGGAAGUUACACCAGGGCUAAGACCAGAGCUGACUUUAAGGUUAGAGCCCGUUUCGGAAGGGGUUGGUCUCGGGCCCACGCUGCUCUUCAUGACAGUGGAGUGAGCUUUGCUGCUAAAGAAGGUUCAGGCUAGCAUUCACUUUAACUCCUACAACCGAUUUGGCUAUGGGGACCUUUCCCUGAUAUUUGACCAGUUAUGGCUUUAGACGCUACACAACCCCAAAUAAAUGGUCCUGCUUCUUCACUCAGUGUCCCGACUGCUUGCACACGUACUGCCCACAGCCUCCUGGCAUGUAACGCAACCUUUCCCGAGGCAGGUUGUGUUAGACCUACCUCCUGAUCGACAUGUGAACAGCGCAUUGUGGCUUUGGAUCUGUCUGUAGAGGAGCUUGCCGAGCCUCUCUGUCAUCUUCUGAGCACAGGUCUCUCUUCCGUUCCAACGUCAGCCUCACCGACACUGGGAUGAACACUACUGUAGGUGGAGGGUUUGGUGGUCUGGAGCGGACAGGGCAGAGGAAAGAGCACACCAGCCCUUGAGUGCUUAGUCAUCAGUCGCAGCUGAUAGUUGAGCUUAUUAAAUUAAAAGAAAGAUCAUUUGUAAAAUACUCUCUGUAUAUAUUUAUUAUAUGACUCAAAGGUGCAAUAUUUUAUUUUGUACAGUAUGUAAUAAAGACAUGGGACAUAUAUUUUCAUAUUAACAAAAUUUCUUUUUAAACUGCUUUACCUUUGUAUUUAAGGUUAAAAUGAACCAACUUUCAGUUGCUAUUGUACUUUCAUCUUCUUAACAUUCAAAUGGCAUUCCUGUGUACUGUAUUUUACUACUGUUUUUAUAACAUGAGAGAUAAUAUUUCCCUUUGAUGAUCCUUAAUUCAGAAAUAAAUUCACUUUGAUUAUCCAGUGGCAUCCUUA